AUGACCACCGAGGACAAAACUUGCACCCCGAGCUUUGACUACUGCGCUGACGAGCUGAUCAAAUCCAAGGGCUUCACAGAAUCCGACCUUAAAAACGCCCUCAAAAACAGCGACGUGGAAGAAAAAGAAGACCUAAGCAAGACCCUCUUCCACUGUAAGAAUCCCGGCGAUGUGGGCCAUCCGAAGGUGUGUCAGGAUGGGUGUAAGGGGGGCGAGGAGGAGGGAAGUCAUUCUUGUUGA